UCAGUGUGACAGACUAACCUUUUGAUAUACGAGUGUUUCUGAGUUUCUCGCAGUCUUUACUGUUGCCUGGAUGCCUGUAGAUGUGUGUGUCUUGCUGUGUGUUUUUGUUUGUAUUUCAGUCUGUGUUUGCGUGUUGUUGUCGGUAUUCCCUGGUUUGAUCGUACCAGUGUCUGACAGCCCCUGUCCUGUACUUAUACAGCAUAAGCUGAAGUCUUCGCAGAGGGACAAGGUACGGCAGUUCAUGUCCUUCACACAGGCUGGGGAGAAGACAGCUGUGUACUGCCUCACACAGAAUGACUGGAAACUAGAAGUUGCGACCGACAACUACUUUCAGAAUCCAGAUCUCUACUGUAAGGAAUCCAUGAAAACAUCAGUAGACCGGAAAAGGCUGGACCAGCUCUACAAUCGCUACAAAGAUCCCCAGGACGAGAAUAAGAUCGGUAUUGAUGGGAUCCAGCAGUUUUGUGACGAUCUCUUGCUGGAUCCAGCCAGCAUCACCGUGCUCGUUGUUGCGUGGAAAUUCCGUGCCGCCACUCAGUGCGAGUUCAGCAAGAAGGAAUUUCUGGAUGGAAUGACAGAGUUGGGGUGUGACAGCCCAGAAAAACUGAAGGCCCUCUUGGCAAGAUUAGAGCAGGAGCUCAAAGAUAGUGGGAAGUUCAAGGACUUCUACCAGUUUACGUUUAACUUUGCCAAAAAUCCUGGACAGAAGGGUCUAGACUUGGAGAUGGCUGUAGCCUACUGGAACCUGGUUCUGUCAGGACGAUUUAAGUUCCUCGAUCUUUGGAACAGAUUCCUUUUGGAACAUCAUAAACGAUCCAUCCCAAAGGACACAUGGAACCUAUUGUUGGACUUUGGUAACAUGAUUGCAGACGAUAUGUCAAACUAUGAUGAAGAAGGAGCAUGGCCGGUCCUUAUAGAUGAUUUUGUGGAAUUCGCUCGACCGAUUGUAACGGGAUCAAAACGUAAAACUCUCUAAAUCCACUCCCAACUCUGGAGACCCAGAACCUUGUUUCUUUUACAGUGACUUCAUAGUUUUUUUUAAAGACUUGUACAAAAAAAGUGAAAAUUGUAGACUUCAGAGAGAAAACAGAAGCACUUAAAACUGUCAGGAAACCACCUUUCAGGGAGCUGAGUAAAAACUAUGACAACAACUGGCCACUUUUUUUUUGCCCUCGUGAGACCGAGGCGCCGUGUGGACAUUGUCGGAUUCACCGUUGUCUCUCCUGUUGGAUUCUCAGCAUCCUGGACGCCCCUCUGCUCUGCUCCAGGAGGAGCACUACCUGUCAGGCCACAGCCCUGUAAGUGUGGAUGGACAAAGCACUGAGGAGGUUCACUGGCUGUGUGUACUCUAAAAAGGGACUGGAGAGGAGAAAACUGUGUGUUAAGCUUUGUUUUGUUAUAUGAAGCUCUGACUGUGCAAAGUUCCCGGGACAGAGUGCUCACUACACCAGCACCAACAGAACUGUUGCAGUUUUUACUGUACAUACUGUAUCUAUUGGGACAGUUUACAAAGAGAGCUAUAUGAAGAAUAAUAUAAAUAUGUUCAAUUUAUAAAUGCAAAAGAUGAUUCUUUUAUGUACAGUAAAAUGCUAAGAUCUCUGACGGGACGCCUGGAUAUCGUGGAUGACACGCUGUUGGUUUAAUUGUUCGGUGGAUCUGUCAAGUCAUGGAAUUGUGAGCUUUUCAUUGAAAGCAUGUUAAACACGUUUUAUGUCGCCUCGGGCUGGUUUCACAAAUACAUAAUCACUAAAGUAAGUCAGUGCUUUAAUUUAACUCAUUUUUGGUUUGUGGUAUUCAUUCGUCAGGUUGGGAGUCUUGAGGCGGUUCACACACACAGCACUACAGUAUUGCUUUCAAAAGAUAAUUUCAUGCUAACUGUAGAGGAGAGACAUUUGUUUUUAUCCCUCUGAGGCAAUAAUUAUGCUAAAGUGACUACUCGGCAGCAUUUAAGUGACAUUUAAAGUUAAGAAAUGACGGGACCCUUAGGGUUGCAUGGCACAUAUCUGUAUGUUGUGGCAGUGCGAGGCCCUAAGAUCAGGAGCGAGGACGUUAAAGACGGGACGACAAAGUAAGCCUUAAGAAUAAAUAUCUCUGUUCAAUAUUUAUAUUUCUGUUGGAGCCCAUCUGUCCAGUGUUACUGAAGGUAGUGAAAAUUAGAAUAUGUUGUUAAUACAUCAUGUAAGUAGCCUAAGUAUAUUGUUCAUUUAAGAAAGAUGAAUAAAGCACGAGUUUUUCCAUAACCAUACAUGCAAAUAGUUAUUGUGUUGUUGAUGAUAGACGAGGGGAACGUUUUAUAUCACAGCUGCUUAGACCAGAGUAUUUGUGAAGCAGAGUUAUGAUUGAGUGUAAAAAACUGAUCUGAAAGCUUUAAUAUUACAUUUUUCAAAAAUACUCCCAUGUUGUUGAUUGUUAAUAAUAAACACAAUUUAACAAGA